AUGGCGGCCAGGGGGCUUGGCGGCGCCGCGGCGCCUGCCGCGGGCGCGGCCGGCGCAGCGGGAGCGGGCGACGGCAAAGCGGAUGCCCAAGCCGAGCAGCAGCAGCAGCAGCAGCAGCAGCAGCAGCAUGAGCAGGAAGGCACUGACGGGGCCACGCAACAGGAGGAGCAGCAGCAGCAGGAGGAGCAGCAGGAACAGCAGCAACAACAGCAACCAGACGGCGCAGACGGCGCCGGCGCCACAGCCCCGGAGGCUGCCACGAAGCCCGAGGAGCCCGCCCCGACCCCGCCCUCCCCGCAGCCCGCCGCGGCGGAGGCGGCGCCGUCACCGGCGCCGUCAGCGCCGCAGUCGCAGGCGCAGGCGCAGGCGCAGGCGGCGUCAUACCUUUUUGUGGCCCGGCUGAGCGGCCAUCUCAUCGGCUACCGGCUGCCCGAGAUGGCGGUGGUUUUCGAGGACCGCGAGUUCCUCGUGGGGCCGCAGAUCGCCGGCCCCGCGCGAGAGGGCUGGGCGCGGCGGCACGCGCAGGGGCAGCAGCAGGAGCAGCAGCAGGAGAAACAGCAGGGGCAGCAGGGCACCGCCGCGGCGGGCGGCGGCGAGGGGGGGUCGGGCAUGGAGGUGGACGGGCGGAUUGGGGAGGAGAACCCGGGUGAACAGCAGCAGCGGCAGCAGCAGCAGCGGCGGCAGCAAGAGGCGGAAGCCGGAGGGGCAGAUGGAGAUGGGGGAGACGAGGACGACGAGGAUCUGGAGCUCGACGCGACGCCGAUUGCAGAGCUGCGGCUAGAGGCAUUCUUGGAGCCUUCCGGCCCGGCGGGCGGCGUGGCGGGGUGCGAGGCGCCGGUGCUAUUGGCCCUGCGCGACGACGGCGGGCUUAUGGCGUACCAGCCCGUGCACCUGUCUUGCACCAAAGACAGCGCCCGGAGGAUUGGAAAAUAG